AGAAGCGCUGCCGACCGCGCCUGCCACAGCGUCAGCCCUGCCUGCGCGGAGCGAGCGCCGGCCGAUGGCGGCGGCGGCCAUGGGCGAGCAGGAGAGCGCCCGCAACGGCGCCCGCAACCGCGGCGGCGUCCAGCGCGUGGAGGGCAAGCUGCGCGCCAGCGUGGAGAAGGGCGACUACUACGAGGCGCACCAGAUGUACCGGACCCUCUUCUUCAGGUACAUGUCGCAGAGCAAACACGUGGAGGCUAGGGAGCUCAUGUGCUCAGGGGCGCUGCUGUUCUUCAGCCACAGCCAGCAGAACAGCGCGGCCGACCUGUCCAUGCUGGUGCUUGAGGCCCUGGAGAAGGCCGAAGUGGAGGUGGCAGACGAGCUCCUGGAAAACCUGGCGAAGCUGUUCAGCCUGAUGGACCCCAGUUCUCCAGAGCGCGUGGCCUUCGUGUCUCGAGCCCUGAAAUGGUCUGGCGGUGGCUCAGGCAAGCUAGGCCACCCCCGGCUGCACCAGCUGCUGGCCCUCACCCUGUGGAGAGAGCAAAACUACUGUGAGUCGCGCUACCACUUCCUGCACUCAGCAGACGGUGAGGGCUGCGCCAACAUGCUGGUGGAGUACUCGGCCGCCCGUGGCUUCCGCAGUGAGGUGGACAUGUUCGUGGCUCAGGCUGUGCUGCAGUUCCUGUGUCUGAAGAAUAAGAGCAGCGCGUCGGCCGUGUUCACCACGUACACACAGAGACACCCGUCCAUCGAGGACGGGCCCCCUUUCGUACGGCCCCUGCUCAACUUCAUCUGGUUCCUGCUGCUGGCCGUGGACGGGGGGAAACUGAGGGUGUUCACCGUGUUAUGUGAGCAGUACCAGCCAUCACUGCGGAGGGACCCCAUGUACAACGAGUACCUCGACAGGAUCGGCCAGCUCUUCUUUGGGGUGCCACCCAAGCAGACCUCAUCCUACGGCGGCCUGCUAGGAAACCUUCUCAGCAGCCUCAUGGGCGCAUCGGAGCAGGAGGGCGAGGACAGCCAGGACGACAGCAGCCCCAUCGAGCUCGACUGACACUACCUGCCAGCGGGGCCGUGUCUGCGCUGGCCGAGGGCCACGUGGCUGCCUGGCGCUGGGCUCACUGGGCCGACCGCGUUUCCUCGAUUGACCCCAAUAAAGCACAGGCCUUGCCGCACCUCCUCUCCCAGCCCUUGUGUUGCUCGUUGCUUUGGGAGGGCCGCGCCCAGCGCCCAUGUGGACAUCCUGCUGCAGACUGCGCCCUGGUGCCCCUCCGGGAGACGCCAAUGAACUGUGUCCACACCUGGUGAUGGAGCCCGCAGCCCCAGCUUGGGCCCUCCACUAGGGUGUGGGACGGAAACACUUUAUUUUUUCACAGUUCAACAAGACUCGUCGCUGACGCAGUGAUCAUGCGCGGAGAGGGGCAGCCAAUUUUAUUGACUGUAAAAGGGACCUUGGGGAGCUGUCGGCUGUGGAGUUAAUAAACCCUUUCUACUGCA